AGAGAAGGAUGCCUCGUUCGUUUGGGUAUUUUGUCAUCUAGAUAAAAAUUUGACAAAUAGUUUGCCAUUGGAUUUUCAACAAUUUUUGAUGGCAAAAUGGAUCCUAGAGACUGCACUGUGAUAGAUCGGCAUUUCUCGAGACUUCAACAAUGCCUGGAACCCUCAAAACUUUUGCGUCAUCUUGAAACAAUUGGCGUUAUUGACGAAGACGACGUGGAGACCAUACGCGAAGAGAAAAAGAAAACGUCAAGAGAAAACCAAGUGGCAGUGUUUGUUGACAUUAUAAAAAGACGUGAGAACGGCUUGAGACAUUUACUUCAGGCUUUGUUGAAAUCUAAAGUGCAGGAUUUCUUAGCGAGAGAGCUUCUUGAGGAUGAUGUUUAUGACGAAGAAGAAAUCAGCAGUAUAUUGUCGGAGCUGGAAAACGAUUUGGAUGAGACACAAUCCUUGAAACUGAGCCUUAUUGAGGAGCAAAAACGGCAUAAAAACACUAAGAAGGAACUGGAGGAGAUCAGGAGAAGCUCCAUCGUGUUUAGUGACUCAAGCAGCUCGGGUUUGUUCGCUGAUUAUGAUUCAGCACCGAGCGACGGCGAGGAAUACGGCGACUACUCGACUAGAAAGGAGAUUGAAAACACACCAAGUCUGAACGACGACCAUUCUGCGUCGCUUUUUGAUCAAGAUCAGUCUGAGUUCCAAGACCCGGAACCUCAAUCAGCGGCGAUAAAUGACGAUUUAGAAUGGGAGCAUGAAGAUGGCUGGCGGAAGUUUGGGAGCCUUGAUAACCUACACUCUCUGACUCGAAGAAAGUCUGAAGGAAGUUCGUCUAAUAAGCUGCGGAAGAGCUCCUCCAUGGGAAAAUUGAACAGUGAUGGUCGAGAGAGGUACGUGAGCGAACGAAGACGCUCUGGACAUGCCAGGUGGUGCAGCGACGAGAGCCUUGAGGGCGGCAGAAAAUGGUCGAGUUCGCCACACAGAAGUAAAAGUGACGAUGGAAAAAUGGACCUUCUAGAGAGCAAAGUGGCUCUACUGGAAAAACGGCUUCGAGAUGAGCAGCGAAAGCGUCAAAUUUCCGAAAAUGAAGUUGCCAAGUUGCACGUAGAGAAGGAGAAUCUGUUCGAGGAACUCGAAGAUACUCGUGACCAGCUACAUAUAAGACUCAGCCACCUGAAUCUAUACUGCGCUGAUGAUGAUUGCUACGAAGGAGAGUCAUAUUUCGAGCAAAGUGAAAAUGUAAACGAUUUUUCAGAGGUGCGAAAGGUAAACUGUGAAAUCAGAUCCGUGGAAAGGCCUACUCUAGCGCCAGCCGGAAUCGAAGAAACUGCCUCCCGUAGCAGCUCACCUGGCGUUGAUAAACUCCGUUCCCAAUCCGAGCAAAUGAGAAGAACACGUCUGACCGGAAGUUGGAGAACAGUGAACGCUCAGUUUUACGAGCUGGACGAAUACGAUGAUGAGAUUAAGGUCGAAUUGGAUCCAAGUAACAUCAUGGACACAUUGCGCAGACUCAAAACUUACAAUAACGUUUUGUAUAACGAUGUAUUGUAUGAAAGAGAUGAGCUAAAGAGUCUGAAAAGAAGAGCGUCAAGACUAGAAUCACGCAAAUGAUGAAGAUGUAGCAUGUUAAGUAGGAAUGCAUGAACUUUGCCUGCUUACUUGUUACCAGCGACAGAGUAACCUUUUGUAAACUAAAAGCGCCUUCCUCAGUUGAGUAAUGAGGGUGUCAGCGCGGAGUAAACGAGAAAGACGAUUAUUAUUUAAAGAAGUGAAGACUGUUAAGGAGAUUUUGUUGCUAAAUAAUGUCCCGUUUAUACCAAACAAACGAUUUUAAAAGUAUCCCAUGUUUAACUGAUCCGAGCUAGAAAGUUAAUUAUGUAAAAUUACUCGGUCGAGCAGUUACGAACAGUUCCCUGUUUGGCAAUGCAAGACGUAAGAUUUGGUAUUUGAUCACCUAAUUAUAUACCAAUGUUAUGAUCGGUACUCGUAAAAGCAAAAUAUAUUUAACUAUUCCACCUUUGAUUUUUCAUUUUCGGCUGAUUAAGCGCCAGAGGGCAAAAAUCAUUGGCAUAAAUAUUUAAAAAUGACUUCUGUUUUAUUCAAAUUUGAGUUAAAGGACAUGUGUUAGAAUAAGACGGGAUACGUAAAGUACAUAUAUUUAUUUUAUCUAUAUUUUUUUCAACUUUUGUCUUUCUCCUUUUUUUUAAAAACCUUACUAUCAGAGUUAGAUGUCUCUAUGAUUUGUUUUGUGUAAGGCAAGGCUGAAAAAGGGAAAGUCGUAGAAUUCGUGAUUUUUGCCUUUGCUUUCAGUUUUUCUGUAGAAUAGGCCAGUUCCGAAUUACGUUUGGCCUCUUUUUCAAAACGAGGCCUGGUGCUCAACCAUACGUAUGAAAAUUAGUUUA